UGGGACGAUCAAAUGAAAACCGUUGGAUCAUCAAAGAAGAAUUAUAACUGGAUCACGAGGAGAAUAUACAGUUUUUAUUAAAAGAAAAAGAGCAAAAUUUUUAAAAUAAAGCAAGAAAAUUCAUAGCUUUGAGAAAGAAAGAAAAAGAAAUUCAUACUUGCCAAAGGAAAGGGGAACGAAAGAAUAACCCAGAAAAAAAAAAAAAAAUUCAUCAAGUCAACAAAGAACAACGAAAACAAAACAGGUCCGAAGAAGUUUGAAUGUUAUCAUCAUCAUCAUCAUCAUCGUUGUAAUCGCUUUUUCUCUCAUCUGGCUUCCCUCUUGUUUGCAGAAUUGGAAUCGCCGAAAGUUUGAAUUUUUAUUUGGAAUUCGUACAAAAGGUCGUGACUUUUGGAGAUUUCUCUUGAAUUUACAGGUCUUGUUGUUAUGUGGGAUGAAUAGAGAAUCUGAGUUCUGUUGUUGAGUUAUAAAAAGCUAUGUGGAAACAGAUUCUGAGUAAGCUUCCCAAAAAGUCUUCAAAGAACGAACAUCAUCAUCAUCGUGGACGUGAACGUGAACGUGAACACGGUGGUGGUCAUUCCUCUUCAUCCUCCCAUGCUUCCACUUCCAAAAGCAGUGACAAUGGCCAUGGAAAGUCAGCCAACUCUCACACCAAGAACGCUCCUUCAGGCGGGAGAUCCGCUGCUUCUUCUGACUCUGGUUUCAAAGGUGGAAACAACAACAACAACAAUGGAGGAGUCUUCACUCCUUAUGAAGCACUACCAAGUUUCAAAGACGUGCCCAACACCGAAAAGCAAAACCUCUUCAUAAAGAAGCUGAACCUGUGCCGUGUAGUGUUUGACUUCACAGACCCUACAAAGAACAUCAAGGAGAAAGAUAUCAAGAGGCAGACAUUGCUUGAGCUUGUGGACUACGUGAACUCCGCUAACGGCAAGUUCAGCGAAGUGAGUAUUCAAGAAGUCGUACGCAUGGUCUCUGCCAACAUAUUCAGAACGCUAAACCCUCAGCCACGCGAGAACAAAGUCAUCGACGCCUUAGACCUGGAGGAGGAAGAGCCUUCCAUGGAUCUCGCCUGGCCUCACUUGCAGCUUGUCUACGAGCUUUUCCUGAGGUUUGUCGCUUCCCCUGACACCGACACCAAGCUGGCUAAAAGAUACAUAGACCAAUCCUUCGUCCUGCGGUUACUAGACUUAUUCGACUCCGAGGAUCCUAGAGAGAGGGACUGUCUCAAAACCAUCCUCCACCGGAUCUACGGUAAAUUCAUGGUUCACCGUCCUUUCAUCAGAAAGUCCAUUAACAACAUCUUCUACCGGUUUGUAUUCGAGACGGAGAAACACAACGGGAUCGCUGAGUUUCUCGAGAUCUUGGGGAGCAUCAUCAACGGGUUUGCUCUUCCUUUGAAAGACGAGCACAAAGUGUUUCUAGUCCGUGUUCUGAUACCUCUCCACAAACCGAAGUGCUUGCAGAUGUAUCACCAGCAGCUGUCUUAUUGUAUCACGCAGUUUGUGGAAAAGGAUUGCAAACUCGCUGAUACGGUUAUAAGAGGGUUGCUGAAGUACUGGCCAGUGACGAACAGUUCCAAAGAAGUCAUGUUUCUCAAUGAGUUGGAGGAAGUCCUCGAAGCAACGCAGCCACCAGAGUUCCAACGGUGUAUGGUGCCGCUGUUUCGCCAGAUAGCUCGAUGCUUGAACAGUCUGCAUUUUCAGGUUGCAGAGAGAGCCUUAUUCUUAUGGAACAACAACCACAUAGAGAAUCUGAUAAUGCAGAGCCGCAAAGUCAUUCUUCCAAUUAUAUUCCCUGCGCUGGAGAGAAACGCGGAGAAGCAUUGGAACCAAGCUGUUCAUAGCUUGACACUAAACGUCCGGAAGAUAUUUAACGACCUUGACCCUGAGUUGUUCAAGGAUUGCCUUGCUAAGUUCAAAGAAGAUGAAUCAAAGGAAGGUGAAACCAAGGCAAAACGCGAAGCCACUUGGAAACGUUUGGAAGAAGUUGGGAUGAGAAAGGCUUCAUGAGGUUAGAAGAAUUGUAAAGAAGAAGAAAAAGAGAGAGCCUUUCGUGUCUUAUCCACUGGAGUGUGAGUAUGUUCUUCAGAUACUUCUGAUAUCAAAUUCAGGAGAAGCAUUGAAGAAAAGUGGCCUCUUCUUGAAAGUCAAUAUGUAAGAUUGUCCCCGUUUUGAUUUCUUCUUUGAAGCUUGUUAAUGUUUUUUUCUUCUUCUUUUGCUAUAUUUGUCCCAUCUCUGUUACUCUUUCCUGAGACUGUCUCUGAUUCAUUUUCAUCUUCUCCUGAUGAUGAUAUCUGCAAAAUUGCAGCUUUAGGAGUUUGACACAAGAAUCAGUUUGUUGUUUGUAUUAAAUACUUCUUCUCCCUUUCACUUGUAUAUUUUUUAUUUAAAAAGCAGUCUUUGGUUUCA